UCGGUCCAGGGGCUCAGGGCGCGAAGGCCCCGGGGCCGGUCCCCCACCCGCCCCCGACGGCGUCCCGGCCAGUCCGUUCUGACGGCACGGGCGCUGCCUCCGGAGCGCGCGGAGCCACAACGGCAGUAACGGUCGCCCCGCCCGGCCCUGGGCGACUCGCGACGUCCCAGGCCGAAGCCACGCAGAUGCAGAGUGUCCCUUUACAGAGGGACGCUGCCUCCCCGCACCGCCACCCCCGCGUCGCUCCGGGAGGCCCGGCCCCGCCCGUCGCCGGGGUCCUCAGGCGGCGGUGUCCGCGCCCCGCCGGGCCGCAGCCUCCGGGAGCGAGCGCUCUGCCGGCGCGGGGAGGGGCCGCCGUCCGCCGCGGGCGGCCGGGAGGGGGCGGCUGGGAGCGCGGCCGACGCGCGGCAGGCGGAGCGCGGGCAGCCCGCGCCCGAGGACCCCGGCGCGGCGGGAAGCGGGAAGUUUCAAGGCGGCCUGCGGACGCGCGGCCCGGGCAUGAGGCUGCACUGCGAGGUGGAGGUGGUCAGCCGGCGGCUGCCGGCCCUGGGGCUGCGGAGCCGGGGCAGGGCCGUCCGCGCCGUGCUCAGCCUCUGUCAGCGCGAGCCCCGGGGCGGCCCGCCGCGCGCCGGCCUGCUGGUCGCCACCCUGCGGGACAAGCGCGGGACCCGCUACGAGGCUCACCUGCCUCUUUUCACUGGAUCCUUCAGCCAUUCCGAACUUUUUUCAGCUCCUCACAGCUGCCGAGUUCUCUUGCCUUCAAGGCUUUGCACACACUGUUCUCUUAUUGGUAGGCCAUCCCCUCCCUCUUCCACCAGUAUCUUCACUUGCCCAACAUCUCCUAAUCCUUCAGUUCUCACCUUUCAGGUCACCUUCGUACCCCCAGACCAGCUAAAGGAGAACAUUGAGCAAUUCUUCACCAAAUUUGUGGAUGAGGGGAGAGCCACUGUUCGGUUGAAGGAGCCUCCUGUGGAUAUCUAUCUAAGUAAGGCCAAUUCCAGCAGUUUAAAGGGUUUCCUUUCAGCUGUGCGACUGGCUCAUAGAGGCUGCAAGGUUGAGACAUCACUUUCAACCCUCACCCCUGUGAAGACUUCAGAAUUUGAAAAAUUUAAAACAAAAAUGGUUAUCACAUCCAAAAAGGACUAUCCUCUAAGCAAAAACUUCCCAUAUUCUCUGGAACAUCUUCAGACUUCUUAUUGUGGGCUUGUCCGAGUUGAUAUGCGUAUGCUUUGCUUAAAAAACCUGAGGAAAUUAGACUUAAGUCACAACCAUAUAAAAAAGCUUCCAGCUACAGUUGGAGACCUCAUCCACCUUCAAGAACUUAACCUGAAUGACAAUCACUUGGAGUCAUUUAGUGUAGCGUUGUGUCAGUCUACACUCCAGAAGUCACUUCGGAGUUUGGAUCUCAGCAAGAACAAAAUUAAGGCACUCCCUGUGCAGUUUUGCCAGCUCCGAGAACUUACAGAUUUAAAACUUGAUGAUAAUGAAUUGAUUCGAUUUCCUUUUAAGAUAGGACAACUGACAAACUUGCGUUUUUUGUCAGCGGCUCGAAAUAAGCUUCCAUUUUUGCCUAGUGAAUUUAAAAAUUUAUCCCUUGAGUACUUGGAUCUUUUUGGAAAUACUUUCGAACAACCAGAAGUCCUUCCAGUUAUAAUGCUGCAGACGCCGUUAACUUUAUUGGAAUCUUCUGCACGGACCAUAUUAUAUAAUAGGAUUCCAUACAGCUCUCAUAUCAUUCCUUUCCAUCUUUGCCGAGAUUUGGAUACUGCAAAAACCUGUGUUUGUGGAAGAUUCUGUCUAAGCUGUUUUAUUCAAGGAACUUCUACCAUGAAUCUACACUCUGUUGCUCACACUGUGGUCUUAGUAGAUAACAUGGGGGGUACUGAAGCGCCUGUCAUCUCUUACUUCUGUUCUCUAGCCUGUUACGUAAAUUCCUGUGAUAUGUUAAAGUAAUAGGUGAUAACCACAAAAAAGAAAUCCCAUUUAGUUACACAUCAGUUUGGGAUUCAUUUGUGGUUUAACAGUGUUAAACUGGAGAAAGGGAAGCUUUUGUAUACUUGCUUGAGGGGAAGAAUGUGUGUUAUUCUAAAAUUUUCAAUCAUUUGACUAUAAAGUCUUAAUUUCAUUAAAACUUGAUUACUUUCAUCGUGGGGUUAACUUUUUAUCAGUUUAUUGCACUUGUGUUGAUUUCAGCUUAGUGUUUCCAGAAUGGGUUGUGGGUUAUCUUUUAAUGUUAAACAGAUAUUGAUCCCAAUCACUCUGGUCAUAGGAUUUUCUUAUCAACAUUCUUCCUGCAUUUCAGUUAAAGAAAUUGAGUUUCUGUAUGCAGAAAAUAUACCUCAGAGGACUAUGGUCUAAAUUAUAGUGAAAACUUGUUUGGUAUGAAACUACAUAGAAGUUUUUAGCAUACCACUUUUUGUUUUUUUAUGUGUAUUCUAUAUAUGGAAUUUUAUAUUCCACAGGUAUGAAGUAUGAGUUGCUUUGGGACAAAUGGACUUCAGCUUUUAUAAGUUUUGUAAUGUUAAUCAUAUAAUCUUUGUUGUGAUUUCUAAGUUAAUUUUUAGGGUUGGAACAAGGUUUUGGGGUUGGGUGGGAAGAGCAGAAAAUUGCUGCUUUUUACUGACUAUAUUCUGUAUUAUUUGAGGGUGGUUUUCUGUUUAGUCACUUGCUAUGUUUAAGUUUUUUAAUUUAAAAAGUGGUGGUAAUACACCAGCUAAAGGAAGAUGAGGCUUUGAACUAGGUCAGAGGGAAGAGAAAAGAAACUAAGUUGAAAGAAUCAUGGAACUUGGAGUCAGUAGACCUGUGCCAUUCUGUUCUUUCCCACUACCCUUCUCCAAGCCAGCCUCCCUCCUGGAUCAUGGCAGUAGUCUCGGAACUGGUUCAGAAACAAGAAGGGGAAAGAGAAAGUGACUGGAGAAGUGCCUCUCCAGUGUCAGCAUAUCACUGCUGUUUGGGCUUGCAGCGAGGUGGAGUCUAUGAAAGUUUCUUAUGGUUUAACUACUACCUCCUUUUCUUCCUAAAACAUUUCUUAUUGGGGACAUUUUUUUCUUUUCUGAAAAUACAAAUAUUCUUGAGUAAAUACUGUUUAAAUGUUAGAACAUUUUUAUUAAAAUUUUAUGUAUAUGAUCUCCAAAACAUAGUUUCUUCUCAGAGCUGAUUCUUUGAGACUAGGCAUUGUCCAGAGGAGUAAUUCUUUGGGUGACCUUACAUUUGUAUUACUAAUGGUCAGUUAGAUUCUUCCUACAAAAGAUUUACAUACUUUCUAGUUUUUCAUUUAAGAAAAUUUUAUAUAUAGUGCACACAUACCUUAAAUAAAAAGAGCUGCUAUUUUUCUGGUACCUACUUUGUUCCAGGUGUUUUUAUAUAACGUAUUUUAUUUAAUACUCACAAAUCACCCAAGGAAGGAGGUACCAUGAACCCAAAUCAGAGAUUUUAAGCCCAGGCUUUAUGCUGCCUUGUAAAGUUACUUCACUUUUGGUCUUUAAAACCAAGAAUUUUGUAAUUUAGUAAAAUAUCUUAGGAUUCUCUAAACUCAUAAGUUGGUGAGGGAUUGCCCAUAAAUACUACAAACCACAUCAAAAUACGGUUCUUUAAAAAGUGAUGUUUUUUGGCAUACUUUUGUGUAUCUGAUUUUUACACACUCUUGUAGGAAAACAAUUUCAUCAACAAAGGCAAAUAUAAUAGUCUGUGUUGGGAGUAAGUGCUGUUCCUCCUACACCCCAGCCCCUUGCCUUUGCAUUCUCACCACUUACCUAUAAGCUAUCCCCAUGGAACUAUCUUAGCUGACUUCAAAGUCUUAUACGAAAAGCAGGAUUUCCUGUCCUCAUAACCCAUACCUUUUCCCAGUUUAUUUUUCCUUUCAUUCGAUACUCAACUUUUCUUUCUUGCCUUUCAGGUAAUUGCUAGGUUCACUUCUUUAAUUCUGAGUUGCAACCUUCCAUCCCGUUUUCAGUUACCUCCUCAACCCUCUCAACAGUCAAAAAGUUAGAAUAUUUGAAUACCUCCCAGUUAUGUUCUAAAAGGUUCAAGAAACGGUUUAUGCUGUGAUGGACUCAUGGCUUUUUCACUAGCUUUAGAACUUUUUAUAGCUAGAAAUCAAUUCCUGCUUUACAUUCAAGACCACAGUCUAAAACAGUGCCGUCCAAAAAAACUGAUGGAAAUGUUCUAUUACCUGUGUCCUCCAGUAGGGUAGCCGUUAGCCACAUGUGGCUGUUGAGCACUAAAUGUAGCUAGUAUAACUGAGGAACUGCAUUUUUAACUUAAAUAGCUACAUGUGGCUAGUAGUCCCUGCUGGACACUACAAUUUGUAAAAAGUCGGCUCUUUUCCCCCCGACUUGGAUCCUCUGCCCCACCCAGUCUGCUAUACACAGGCCUAGCUUAUCCGCUUCAUGUACUUUUUAAAAAAAUUUGAUUGAGACCUUUCCCAGCAGUUCACUCAUGACUAUGAAUUCACCCACCACAUAUAUUUGAAACUGACCAGAAAAGAGUAAAGUAUGUUUUUUCCCUGCUAUAUGAUUUCUCUCCAAAACCUAGUUGUGAGGUUUGAGAUAGGACUGCUAUCUUUUUUAUGUAUAAAUACAAAGUA